UGGAGAGUGAGGGAUGGAGAUUCGGUGAUCCAGAUGAAAGCAGAGAUUAUUUAUUUCUCUGUGGGAGAAAGAAAGAGAGAGAGUGGGAGGGACAGACAGCAGCAUUACACGCCGAUCUAAUGCGUCUCUCAUUAAAUAGCUAUUAACACCCGAUCAAGGGGCUCUUCAAAGUUUGGAUUCCUUCAUCCUGCCCGUGCGUAUUCUGUGCCAACCCGAGCAGUGUCUUCCAGGUUCUUUUAACUUGAGGAGAAGAUCCUCUGUUGACAGUCAGUGAUCCAUCAUCAUGUAGUGAUUGUCGGUCUGUGCACAUCCCAAACUUCCAGCACACAUCCCAAACUUCCCGCGCACAGCACGCGUGGUGGAUGCUGUCAUGCCAUUUGGGUGCCUUGCUCUGCGAGCUGGGCGGACAUACUGCAGCCUGUCAGACAUCACUGACAAAUACGAGAUUGGACAGGUCCUCAAGGCGAAAGAAUUUUGUGAGCUGUGCCUGGUGAAGGAACGACAGACGGAAAAGGUCUUUGUGUGCAAGAAAUUCCUCAAAAAGGAUGGCAGGAAAGUGCGGAAGGCAGCCAAGAACGAGAUCAUAAUCUUGAAAAUGGUCAAACACUCAAACAUCCUACAGCUGAUUGAUGCAUUCGAGACCAGGAAAGAGUUCUUCAUCAUACAAGAGCUGGCCACAGGUGGAGAUGUGUUUGAUUGGAUAUUAGACCAGGGCAACUACACAGAGAGAGAUGCCGCCAAUGUAAUCCGUCAGGUUUUAGAAGCAGUGGCUUACCUACACUCACUCAACAUAGUCCACAGAAACCUAAAGCUGGAGAACUUGAUGUACUACAGAGAAAGUAACCACAACAAAGUUGUGUUGCGGGAUUUCUACCUGUCCAGAUUUGAAAAUGGAUCAAUAACUGAACCUUGUGGAACACCUGAGUACCUUGCACCUGAAGUGGUGGCUCGUCAUCGCUAUGGAAGACCAGUUGAUUGUUGGGCUGUGGGAGUCAUUAUGUAUAUACUGUUGUCUGGAAACCCUCCCUUCUAUGAUGAAACAGAGGAGGAAAACACCGACAUGCACAACCGGAUCAUCUUCUGCCGCAUUGUUGCUGGAGAAUUUGAAUUUGAUUCACCAUACUGGGAUGACAUUUCCCCUGCUGCCAAGGAGUUGGUCUGUAAAUUGAUGGAGGUUGACCAGAUGCUGAGAAUUCCUGCACAAGAUGCCCUUCUGCAUGAAUGGAUCGCUGGAAAUGGGGCUUCGGAAAAGAAUCUGAAGGAAGGAGUGUGCGCACAAUUUGAGAAAAACUUUGCUAAGGCCAAGUGGAGGAAAGCGAUUCGUGUCACCACUUUCAUGCAGCGUCUCCGAGCAUUUGAAGUUGGAUCGAAUGAGGUGGUAGUAGACAGCCAAGGUGAAAAGGUCAGGGCAGAUGGGUUAAAUGGUAAGGGGACAAAAAAAGACUCAGCUGGGGUUUCUAAUGUGAGCGUGUCCCAUGCGGUGACAGUUGAAAGCAAGCCCUUGAAGAAUCAAGAAGAGGGGAAUUCAGGACCCAGAAAAGCAGAAAAGGAGAAAGGAGUUGUGACUGUUUCACCUUUAGAACUCGCAGAGCCCCUUGCCCAAUCAAACAUAUCUUCAAAACUACAAGUGGAGGAGCCUAUCAAGAAAGAGGAAAAGAAAGAAACUGCAAAAGGUGAAAAGGAAGACAAACCAUUAACAGAUGCAAACCAGAAACCAGCACCCACCCAGGCCAUGAAGACCUCACACAGUCAAGAGAACCAUGUAUCCAAAGAUCCAGAGGCCACAGCUGUUGGUAAUUUUGAGAAGAAAUCAUCAUCUUUCCCUGAUACUCCAAAUCAAUGUAAGAUGGCUGCUAAUCUCUCAAUGGAUCAUGGCUUAUGUUCUGAUACCAAAACUGGUGCCUCGUCAGUUGGUAAUGAACAACCUCUUAAAACAGAGAAGGUUGAUACAAUGCAGGAUGUGGCCACAAGUAGCUGGUGUCAAACACAGCUUCCAGAAGUAGUAGCAGAGGGGCCAGUUGAGGUAGGGGCAAGUGGAGAGGUUAUUCCCAAGAGCAGAGAGAUGAAGAAAGGAAAAUCUGACAAGGGUAGCCAGUCAAUGAAAAACAUUCAGCCUACAUAUCCAGGAUUGGGAUCUUCAGUUCUUGGCCAUGAUAAAACAGUAUUUGUGCAGGAGCUUGAAGAGAUGGUCCAUGGUGCAACCGGCUAUGGGAUCCCAUACUGUCCAACCCCUUAUUCUGUUAGUGGGGGAGCUAUGUAUGGAGGUCUAGAUCCUGGAGGUGGAGCCAGUGCUGAUUGGCAAAUGGAUUGUGUAAUUGAACAAAUUGAAAAGCAAAUGGCUGCUGUGCUAGAAAAGAUUGAAGGAGACAUGCCUUCAUUGCUGGAGCAGAUCAGCGACUGUCCCGAGACCCUGCCUAGAGCGAAGAGUGCUAGCUCUUCCCCCUCAACCCAACCUCGCUCGUAUCAUCAUUCAACACCUCCACCCCUUCCCACCACACCACGCCCAGCAAUGCCUUCUUUCCCACACCUGACCAUCCCUCCUCCCUCUUACCCACCUCCCUCUCCACCCGGUCCCAUCCAGAGUCACAGUCCUCCAACUGCUGAUGAGGGUAACAGCGAUGGCCAGAGGAAUGCAAAGCAGUCUGGCCAAACACCAAGCGGAAGUGUGUCAGGAAAAGGGUUGUAAAUAUUUGUUGAGGAGAGUGUAAGCUCUAAGUAGGUAAGCCAUGUAAAACAAUAAAAUCUUUGGGUUAUGGAUAAUUAAUGAAAGCCUACAUUUUCAGGCUGUACAAUGAUCUGUUUGGGCUCCAACACAAAUAUUAGAAUAGUCCAGUUACUGAAUGUAUUUGACUGAAAAGAAGAGUUUCAUUGUGUAAAGAGGAAAGCAGUUUUAAUGUUUGAAAAAGAGGGGACAGAGGGACAUUAUUUUAUAUUAUUAGAAUGAAACAUCUGAAAUAUUCCACAAUUAAAGGAAUAGUUCACCCAAAAAUGUAAAUCACUUAUUUGCUCACUCAUGUUGUUCCAAACAUAUGACUUUCUUUUUUCUGUGGAACACAAAAGAUGAUGUCAUGCAGAAUGUUUGGCACUGACAGCCUUAAGCCUAAAGGAUUCUUUGGUUUUGAUGCUAACACUUAGCUUCUGCAUACAGUCAAACGCUCACCUUUCAAAGUAUACUUCAUUUGACAAUGCGCAUACAAAGGCAGUUGCAGCAUACAUGCUAUGACUGUUAUGAGAUACUGGACUAUUACUCUUCAGAAGGUUAGGCCCAUAAAUAUGUCAUUAUAGUCCUUCAAAAUCAAGUUAUGUAAAUGCAGGAAUCUCCUAAUGAGCAAAUCCACUGUUGUUGUUUCCACCUUAGUUUCUUGUUGUUUAGCAAUGAUUACAUCUUCUAGUGCUACUUCGUGACAGCAACAGCUCAACUGUGAGAUUUGCCACCUUGUGUGCAUGUCAGAGUACGGUUAGAAAAAUCGUAUGCAUUCAGUGCUUGAUAACUCUGCCGAUGACGAAAUUUGUGUCACGUGCCCUGUACGCAGACACUAGUGUUCGCGUCUGACUGAAGUAUACUUUGGGCUUAAGUCAGCAUUCACUUCCAUUGCAUAUAUUUUUCCAUAACACCUCAGAAUUUAGUGACUGAGGCUAAUGCUAACAUUCUCUCGUUUGCGUUCAAUGGAAGAAAAAGGUCAUGCAGAUUUGGAACAGCAUGUUGGUUACUAAAUAAUGACAGAAUUUUCAUUUUUGGGUGUAAUAUCCCUUUAUGGUGGUAUGAAAAUAUGGUGGUAUGAAAAUUGUUGUAAAUAUUUGUGAUCAGCACUACAAAAUAAUGAUUGCAUAAUUGUAAUGUCCAAUAGAGAAUGGAAGCAAUGUGGAAAAAUUUGUUUAUUUUUUGGAUGUAAGAUUCAUAAGUUUAUAUAACCUGAACAAUUUACCUUUAAUGAAACCUUUUCCCUUAAAACAUGUUAUCAUCCUGACCUGUUUUGGGACAACCACAGAACAUUUGCUCUUCACCAAGUACUGAAUUUGGAGGGUGAUAUAAUUUUUGUCACUUCAUCCAUGUUGGAUUUUAGUGAAGUUGAGGGAGUGCAUCGGUGUACUCUCUCAUUAAUCGUUUACUUUCUGUAAUAUUUCCAAUAAGACUAUUUUAUUUUCUUUGUUAUUGUAUAUUCUCAAGUUGUACAGAUCUUUCUAUGAGUCUGCCAAACAUUAAUGUCAUUAAUUAUAAUGUAUAAUAAAAAAUUAUAAUGCUCAUAGAUCAAGUAUCUUAAGAGACUUUGAAACUACUUUUUAAAUGUAUUCUCUUUCCUGGCCUUUUUGUUUUUUUGCUGUUGUAUGCGUCCAUCUGCGUAUUUGUUUGGUUAUCAUUCUCUUACUCUCUUUUCUCAAUUUCUGAUGCAUAAUAAUAAUAAUAUCUUUAUGAAAAAUACUGUAUAAUAAUUUUGCUAACAUAUCCUAAAGUAAGCUCUAAUGUUUACAGUAUGUAUAGUUCUUGCUACUGUUUGUGAAAUGUAACUGUGGCUUCCACCUCUCCAAAUAUGAUAGUUUUGUUAUAUGUGUAUAUUCUUCCAAGCUACUUUUUGCACUCUGUAUGCUAAGAUUUCAAUAAAAUUCAGAUA